UCCUGAAUCACUUCCGAUCACCGGGUAUACCUUUUAAAAAGCCAUGUACUGUAGACACAGUAAGUUGUGUUGUUCCUGUUCACUUUCACUUGACGCUUUGUAUUCCACAGUCAACUCCAUAUUCAUUCAAUUCAAUUCAAUUGGUCGACAGCGGUGGUGAAAUUCAACACCCGUGCGUAAAGUUUAAAACAUUUUAGCAAUAUUCCUACGCUAAGGCAUUUGCGAUGGACAUUGGGGUACCUUCUAGAUUUGCUUGCCUAAGAAUAGAAGACGAUGACCACAGGCAAACUGUUAAAUCCAAAGAUACAAAAAAGAAAAUGGAUCCAAAAUUAUCAUCUAAAAAGUCCAGUCCACAUACUAAAAGUGAUAAGAAUGCAAAAAACAAAAAAAUUUCCAAUAACAAACAGGUUGUUCAAUCUUCUAAAACUAAAAGUAAGAAAAACGGAAAUUCUUUUCAAUGGGAUGAAUGGAAGAUAAAGGAUGAUCAGAUUGUCAAUGGCAAUUAUGAACAGGAUUUACAAGAUGCCAUUUUGCUCUCUAAGUUAGAUUAUGAACAUAAUAAAGAGAUGUACAAGAACGUUAAAGAAAUAAAUGGUAACGCGACUCAACAACCACCUAAUAAGAAAAAGAAAAAUAAAACUAUGAGUAUUAACGAAUUUCUUACUUCCGGUAAUGAAAAAAAAUCCAUAGUCAGUGAUGGCGACACGGAUACCCAUGCCAAGCCUGAAAAUGUGUUAAAGGAUGAUCGUUUCUUUGACGAUGUAAAGAAUGCUGCCAAGGAAGAAUUUAAUAAAGAAUUGAUCACAGAAAAACGUAAAAAGCGGGAAGCAAGUUUUGAUAAAAUUACCACCUUAGCUCAGUGUCAGGAGAAAUUAAAAGAAGAAAAGGCCAAAAAUGUUACUCUUCAAGUGGAAUUACGUAACGCACGAGCGGAAAUUAUUAUAGUAAAAGAACGGAAUAGGGCACUUUGCGGGAUUCUUGGCCAAGGUGAAAUGAAAGAUAAGGCGGACGUGUUACUAGAAUUGGAAAAGUUAUAUUCCGAAAAAAAUGACUUGACUGAGGAAGUAACAAGGUUACAUGUUCAAUUGGAACAGGAACGAUCUAAAGUAGCAGCCUUAACUUCAGAUUCUCACAAGCAUACCAAGGAUAAAAAACGCAAGCAAAAAGGCACUUAAGGCAGUAUAAACCUACAUUUUCUAGGUAGUUAUUUGUAGUUUAUUUUUUGUUCCUUGCAACUUUUCUUUUUGUAUCCUUACUUUUUGAUUACGAUGCUUGAAUUUUGAAUUUGAGUAAUAGUUUGGAAUGAAGUUUGAAUAGUUGUUUACUCGUCCUCCUAAUAGCAUAUGUAUUCACAAACGUGUAUAUUUUUCAGAUCAAGAAGUAACUGGUUUGCGACAAUGUUUUCCAAUUUAUAUUUCUUUUCAUUGUAUCUGUAUUUAGUUUUAUAUUUCUAUAGUAUGUCUGUUUUUCAUGUAUUAUAAACAUGUGAUAAUGGUUUUUGCCAUGCACUCGCCCUAAAUACGGCAUGGUUUACAAAUGACUGAUAAUGUACUAAACUCUCUUAGUUUAUUUAAACAUUAUGCUUUCUUUAUGUAAGAAUAACUUUUUAUUUAAACUUUAUGUAUGAUGUCAAUAAAAUUUUCAUAAACUAAUAA